AUGGAGGGACAGGCUGGAAGCGAUACAGCAGGCCCUGGCACUGAGGAGCCCAUCCUGAUCAGUGAGGUGGAAGUAAGGGGCGUCGAUGGGGAGCUGAAGAGGAUAGCAGAGUCCAAGCUGACUAUCAAGCCAAACUUUGCAUACACCCUCAGCGAAGUGAGGGACGAUAUCCAGCGCGUCUUUGAUGCAGGCUACUUCCAGCAGAUCCUGCCAGCUGCCGAGGACACACGAGAUGGGAUCAAGCUCACACUGCAGGCCACUGCAAAUCCGGUCAUCAAGGGAGUGGUCGUGACUGGCGCAAAUGUCUUACCCCAGCGGGAGAUUGAGGAGGCGUUCAGGGACCAGGCAGGCCGCACCUUGAAUUUCCCAGCUUUCAGCACCGCCGUCAAACGGCUGAACAAGUGGUAUGAAGACCGCGGCAUCUUCGGGCAGGUCUGCCACAGCCCUGAAGACUCCUUUGAUGACACCGGUGGGGUCAUCAAUGUGAAGCUGGCUGAGAUGGUGGUGGGCAACCUCAACCUGAGAUAUGUUGAUAGGAAGACCGGGGAGGUCCGAGAAGAGGGCGCCACAAGGCCAGAGGUGGUCCUGCGACAACUUGCAACGCGCCCUGGUCAGGUGUACAAUGUGCGGCAGGCCAAGAUGGACAUAGACGCUGUGUACAGCAUGGGGCUUUUUGAUGAUGUGACCAUCCUGCCACAGCCAGCAGAAGACAGCACACUUGAGCAUCCAAAGGUGGACCUUGUGCUGAAUGUUGUGGAGCGUAAGACGGGGGGCCUCAGCUGCGGCGGGGGCAUCAGCUCACAGGGGCACUCGGAGGGAGCCCUGCCAGGCUUCAUAGGCUCGGCCUCCUUCUCCCAGCGCAACCUCUUCGGCCUCAACCAGAAGCUUGCCGCCACCGUUGAGAUUGGGCAGGUGGACAGCCUGUUCCGGGUGAACCACACCGACCCGUGGGUGAAGGGGGACCCGUAUCGCACCUCGCGCACGAUCUCGCUGCAGAACACGCGCACAUCGGGCAACCCGGUGCAUGGGCGCGCGCCGGACGACUGCGCUCGGCCGGGCAGCGAGGAGGAGACGUCCCCCGAAGGCAGCGUUGUGGUCGCGCGCCUCAUGGGCGGGGUCGAGUACGGCCGCCCGCUCGCCACCGGCUGGACCGGAACGCUCGGCGUCAACUGGCAACGUGCCAAGUGCCUCGACGAGCACGGCAGCUGCAUCACGCAGGAUGCGUACGGCAGCCCGUUGACGUUCUCGGGCGGGCGCAGCGACACGCUGAUGCUCGCUCUGCUGCGGGCGGCAUACAGCGGCGGCCAGGACGCGCACCUGGUGGCCUCCAUGGAGCAGGCGCUGCCGCUGCAGUCCGACUGGCUCAACUUCAAUCGCUUCUGCCUGCGCGCCGAGCGGGGCAUGCAGAUCUACAAGGGCCUGCGCGCCCACCUGUCCGCCAAGGGCGGUGUGAUCCUGGGAGACCUGCCUCCUUAUGAGGCAUUCCCGAUCGGCGGCACAAACUCGGUGCGAGGAUACAGCGAGGGUGGCGUUGGCUCCGGCCGGAACUAUGUCACUGGCACUGCUGGCCUCCACUGGCCCAUCUUUGGCCCCGUGGACGGUGCGCUAUUCUUUGACUACGGCACAGACUUGGACAGUGGGCAGACGGUGCUGGGCGACCCUGCUGGGGCGCGCGGUAAGCCCGGCAGCGGCUACGGCUUUGGGGCAGGCAUCCGCGUGGACUCACCCGUUGGGCCCCUCCGCCUCGAGUAUGCCUUCAACGACAAAUUCGUGCGGCGAUUCCACUUUGGGAUCGGUUCCCACGGCUGA